AUGGCUCAGCCCAUAAUGCUCCAGACGGAUGAGAUCACUGCUCCUCUUCCACAACGGAGGGCCGACUUGGAUGAGAGUAAUCCACGCAAGAUAGAUCGACUGGUGGCAUUCACCAAGUUGACAUUGAUCAAGGACCAAUUCCUUAGCACCACUGGCAGCUCGGUGAAACCAGACUCGGAAGGAUAUGAUCAUACAUGCUCGCUCCUGGGGUCAUGGAAACAGGCUCUUCCGGUUCAUUUGCCACUCCUGUCUGAUGAGAAAUCGCUACGGUCAAAUGCCCACCUAGACUUGAUGUACAACAUGAUAUGGGUUCGUCUCGGUCGAUCGGCUUUACUCUCCCUGGCUCGAAUUCAAUUGCAGUCGUCCCGCGCCACCCACGAAGCUACUGCUAACGUCAACGCGGAUCCUGCGGAUCCUACCACGGAACGGGUUAUUUUUUUCCAAGUUUCUGCAAUCAUCAUCCUUCUCCUUGGAGGACUUGUCUAUCCUUGGAAGCCGAAUACAUCUCCAGGGUCCUCGACAAUUAGCAAGGGCAUCGAAGCAUUGCGCUUUCUGGUUACCGGCACCAGGCUCGCUAGGGAUGCUUUAUCUCUCGUUGAGCGCUUUCACAUCACUGUUCGCAAACACACUUCUCGUGCAGCACGCAAAGUUGAACAUGGAGAAGCCACAACGUCAAUUCCGGCGGCGCAAUCUGCCCAAAGGCUCACGGAACAAUAUGCCUCGUCUAGUAGCAUACUGAGUUGUGAAGAUGAAGCCCGCUACACUCCUUCGGAUUUCGCGAGCCUCGACCCAACCUGGUUCAGUGAGUUUGAGCCGUCGCUACUCGAAUACGACGUACCGGAUCUUAGACUUUUCGGAUCUGAUGGCUUCCACGUUGCGCCGGAGACUGACGACUCAGCCUGGAGCUGGUAA